GGUAUCUGAAUGCGACCGUACACCAUGUUGAUGCUUUCGACUUCCAUCCGUCUGUGCGCAGGAUAUGAUACCGGUCAAAUCUCUCAGAUCCUGUUGUUCGAAGACUUUAUCGAUCGGUUCGGGCAGACGAACGCACAGGGGGAGAAGGAGUUCGAGUCGAUCGUCUCCUCGCUGUUGGUUUCUCUCAUGAGCAUUGGCACUCUAUUCGGAGCCCUCAUUGGAAGCUUUUUCCUGGAUCGAUGGGGACGUCGAAAGACUCUCACUUUCGCAGUCUUCUGGUUCAUCAUCGGAAACAUCAUCCAAAUCACAGCGAUGAGAAGUUGGGUGCACAUCACGAUCGGCCGAAUGGUCGCCGGUCUUGGCGUCGGAUCUCUGUCCAUCGCGGUUCCCCUUUACAUGUCGGAAACGUCGCCCAAGGAGAUCCGAGGAACCAUCGUCGCCUCGUACCAAUUCUUGAUCACUAUCGGUAUCCUUGUCGCCAACCUGAUCAACUAUGGUACGAGGACGAUCGAAGACAGCGACGCCUCUUGGCGAAUCGUCAUCGGUAUCGGUAUCUUCUUCUCCUUGCCUCUCGGAAUCGGCAUCAUGUUUGCACCUGAGAGCCCCCGUUGGCUCGCUGGGAAGGGAGACUGGGAGGGCGCGCACCUCGCCUCUGCUCGACUCCGAGGUUGCAAGGACAACAUGCAGGACAUUUACGUUCUUCAAGACAUGCAAGAGAUGCGAGAGUCGAUCGAGAUGCAGCAAGCGGCCGGCGAAGGAACCUGGAUGGAGUGCAUCACUGGAGGAGCGUCUGGCAUCCCAAAAUUGGUAUACCGAACCGUUCUCGGGUGCGCCGUCCAAUUCUUGCAGCAAUGGACCGGUGUCAAUUACUUCUUCUACUACGGGGCCACCAUCUUCCAAGCCGCUGGUACCGAGGAUCCCAUCUUGGUCCAACUGAUUCUGGGAGCCGUCAACGUGGUCUGCACGGUCCCUGGACUAUGGUGGCUCGAACGCGUCGGACGUCGUACACCCCUCUUCUACGGUGCGCUCUGGCAGGCUGUCUGGCUCCUGAUCUUCGCCUCGAUCGGUGUCGCAAGGCCACCGCAGGAAAACGACUCUAGCGGAGUUGUUAUGAUAGUCGCCGCUUGCAUGUUCAUCGCUUCGUUCGCCAGUACCUGGGGACCCGGUGCUUGGGUCGUCAUCGGCGAGAUCUUCCCCCUACGUACCAGGGCCAAACAGGCGAGUUUAGCCACCGCUUUCAACUGGCUUGGUAACUUCAUGAUCGCGUUCUUGACCCCGUUCGCGGACAGCGGGAUCGGAUUCGCCUUUGGUUUCGUCCUAUUCGGUACCAACCUCGCCGCAGCGCUCCUCAUCUGGUUCUUCUGCUACGAAUCCAAGGGCCUCUCACUCGAAGCCGUCGACACGAUGUACAGCGAAAAGGGCUUGAAACCGUGGCAUUCGGCCAAAUGGGUGCCCGCUGGGUAUACGGAUAGGAAGAAUCGGGACGAACAGUAUUGGAUCGAGCACGCUCAUGCCAAGGGGACUGGGAAUGGGGAGGUCAAGACGACGCCGACUAGGUUGAGCGACGAUUGAGUCAUUAGCGAGCUCGGUGGAGAUGAGGGGGAGGAAGUCGACUGUAUUUGUAGCGAUCUCAAGAGACUUCGAACGUUUGCGAGGAUUGUGAUCUCAUUCGCGUCGAGGUUGAGACACGAGGUGUAGCAUCUUCUCGAGCAUACAGGCAUGAUGCAUCACAAAGCGCAGUCAGCCGCUCAGCAGCUUUCGCUACAUUGAGCAUGGCGCGACUGUGACUUGGAUGAACGAUCGAAU